AUGUCUCCCACGAUGCAAUUGGCGCCACACACGGCCACAUACACUCCUACUUCCGACGCCAUGGAUCGUCAUGAGUACGGUGUCACCAAGAACCGCAAGGCGGCUUCGACCGGCGGCGGUAGAGCAUGGAGCGAGGAUGAGGAAGUCUAUCUUCUCCAGACUCGUCUUCAAAAGAUGCCCUACAAGCACAUUGCCGCUCACUUGAAGAAGACUGAGCUGGCAUGCCGCCUUCACUACCACCAGCUUAGCCACGGCAGCAACCGCCGCAAGCAGCGCACGACUUCGGUCUCUUCUGGUUCCUCUGCGAACCACUCCCCCGUCAUGCAACCGACCAUGCCUUCUCCGAUCAGAGAGCCGACCCCUCGCUCUGUGUCUCCUCCCGGCCGCGCGACGAGCUACGCCCCCGUCUCUCCCGCUCCUAUGCAACUCUCUAGCAUUAUGGGCAACGGUGCUUCUCCUCGGCUUCCAGCCAUUCUCCCCAAGCCCGUCUGCAUGACCAUGCCGGCUCGCACGUCCUCUCCCAACAGAGGAUACCCCACCCCUCUCCCCGAGCCUCACAGCGCCGCUCUCCCCCAUCCUUCCUUCCACCCUAUGUCCAGCAGCCUCCCUAUGACGCCGCCGCUGCGUCUUAAUUGUGCUCUCCCCCCUGCUCAACCCCCCAUCAGCCACCAACAUGUCGACAUGAACCGCCUGCAGUCCGUCUACACCGCUCACCGCGCUUCAUUCUGGGCUGCCAUUGCCAACGACUACGGCCCGGGUGCCAGCCCUGUCGUCCUGGAGCAGGCAUGGAAGAACGGCGCGUGCUGCGGCCAGAACCAGGCUAGCACGCCCAUCACCCCCACUUCCAGCCCUGACAACCUGGAUCGUGAAAGCUACGACAAGCCCCAAGACAAGACCCGUAUCUCUGCUAUUCUCGGCAUUGACGCCAACCCGCGCUCCCCCCGCGAGCGCGAGUUGGUGAGACGCAUGGAGGAACAGCGUGUCGGAGCCUGA